AGCACUUAACUUCCCUGUGAGCGUAAGUAUUUGUUGUCGUAUUUCUUGAACAGCAAAGUGCAUUACAACUAGAGCUGUCACGUGCGGUUGGCUGAUUUCACUGGUGUUAUCAAUGCAAAACAUGUUUAUCGACCAAAGGGUUGCCCCCAAUUAACCAGACAACAGAUUUUUUUGUUCUGUUUUCCCCCCUAAAAUUGUUUUACAGCGGUGCUUAUUAAAAACUGCAGAUGGCAGGAAACCUCUUUAAAAGGAAGCAAUUUGUCCUUUCUGUGAAAUCAGGGGAAUAUGUGGAAAAUAAGCCACUGGAAUCCUAUAGCCACUUAACCUGGGGAUAAGUCCCACUGAACUCGAUGGAACUUGCUUCUGAGUAGAUAAAUCGCAGAUUGCACUGUCAUUAAAUACAUACAGCACAAUCCUAUGCAUGUUUACUCAGAGUCCUGUUGAAUUCAGCCAACUUAUUCCUAGAUUAAGUGUGUAUUUGACCGCAGCCUUCAACUCCUACAAUUAAUCAAUUUUAAUUUGUUUUAAUUGGGUUUUAACCUGUAAGCUGUUACAUGGUAGAACCGGAGGGAGGGGGGGAUGACUCAUUUUAAAUACAAUAAAUACAGUGAAUUUCUUGGACUGGAGCAUGACUUUACAGGAAAUUCUUAUGGUUGCAGGAAGACCUGCUUUGUAAAAUCUUGGUGCUCCCCCCCUCCCCACAUCCUUUUUCUGUUUAAAAAUGGGAUGUUUUGAGUUUUUAUAUCCUGGUCCCAUUUGGCAAACUCCCAUCAAGGCUGGAAUCCUUUCCCCCAUCUGGCAGAAAGACAAAGUUUUUCUGCGUAUGGCUAUGAGGAAAACGACCCGUUAUCUUCUGCAAGAGAGACACUCUGCCCCUCCCUCGCAAGAAAAUCCCAUAUAUAGUACCAGCAUCCACCUAUAUCCUACAGUACCAUGAACUACAGAAAUUUGGUCUGUUCCUUCUGUCUUAGGCUGCUUCUAGACAACCUGGUUGUGGUUUUUUUUGGGGGGGUGUGCCAUUCUGAUUCAUUUGCAUCGAGGUCAAAGUGUUAUCCCACCUUUUCCAGUGCAUCUUCCCAUCCCUUGCUUAUUGCAAAACCAAUCUUUUGGGGUAUUAGGUUUACUGAACAAGACUCCCAAACAACUAUAAUUGCACAGCCUAAGAUUGCCGGCAUGUGACUGAAUCCCAGCCAGAAACAGCUCUUAAACUUCAAGAGAGCCACUAAUAUCUUUUUUAAAAAAACAAAAACCGCAAAGCUGUUACUAUGGGCAAAGCUCUUUGUUUUUAUGCUAAGUUAUUUUAGCCUCCUUUUUGGUUUUAUGGGCCAAUAUGAAUUGUCUUAAUUUCAUCUGCUUUUGUUUUUACUGUAAUUUGAACUGGUUUAUUUCUAUUAAAUAUAUUUAAUAACUUUUUGAAUCUUAUUGAAUACAUAUACAGUUUCAUGUUCCUCUGGGCAGCAGAGCAUUCUAGGGUGCAGGACCAGUUUCUUGCAGGGAAGAAAUCUUCAUGAUUUUUUAAAGCCUGUUGCUGCACAGAUAGGCAGAGAACAACCUACUUCCUUAGCAUUUAAGCACCAGCAUUUUAAAAAAAACCUGUUUAAUUUUUGCCUGGGCAUUUAACAGUUGUUAAAAAAAACCCACAAACUUAAUUGAAGCAUGUUGUUCUUAAUCUGACUUUUUGGAUUAGUAAUUUGUGUGGUUUAUUUUUAAAUGUUCAUUAGCUUUGGUUAUUUUGUUGUGAUUUUAUUCUGUGAACCUGCCCUGAUUAUUCUGUGGGGUCUUAUCAUGAACGGCGGUAUAUAAAAUUAAUUAAUAAUAAUAAUAAUCAGGACUCAGCAGAACUCAGCUCCAGCACCUCUCAGCCGAGCUCCAUUGCUAUCAUAAGAGAACAAGGGAGGUGUUCAUGGUGAGUUCUGGCACCUCUUUCUCUAGAAAAAUAGCACUAAUAAUAACAAUAAUGUUCUUUUAAGAAACCGUGACCUGCCUUGCAGCACCACACGCAAGAAGCAUAAUAAGCAAUAUAUAGGCAAACAGCUUCCAACCCAAAGUGGCGACUGCAGCAGCACUCCUAGCGCACGAUAUUAAAAAAUAAAGCAGAAUCGCAGAGCUGCUUUCUCUUUCUUCUUGCCAAAUUUAUAACUCACAAACUUCCUUUCAGUUCCUCCACCUUGAAGGUAGAUGGUGCUUCAGUUAUCUUCCAAACUGGGUGUUGUUGUUUUUUGAAAAAAAUCAAAAAACAAAAGCCUCGCCUGAUAUGCUCUUAGUAGCCCUAAAGGAAACACCUGGUGCUCGCAGCCAAGUGCCAGGUUACACAGAGAUCUAGAGAUAGAGACAGUUUUGCAUAACUGCACACUCUCUCUCGCUCUCUUGUACACACACUCUUUAAGAUUUGAAUUGCGGUGUGAGCCCUUCAGGAGAUUUUGGAUCAAGGAGGGUUUCGGCUGAAGACCUCCCAAACACUUAUUCUCCUCUCAUUCCCCGCCUGGUCCAUCUCCUUCGCCCAGAAUCCUCUUGGAAUAACAAAGUUGGCCCUCAGAGCCAAAUUUAAAUGCCUCUGUGGCGAAACGAUCCGACCUCAUACAGAAACCUUGCGGUUUCCCCCUCAGUGUUACCCAUAUUACAUCUGUGCCAAGUUCAUCACACUUCGCUGACCUUUGGUGAAGGCCUUCGGUGGAGAAAACCCAGCCGUCCUUUUAAUAGAGGUUAGGUAACACGUGUGUGGUGGUCAUCUGAAUGAGUGGUUCAGAUGAAGUCCAGAAGCGGCUUGACCCUGGUCAGCCAGUAACCCUCACGCCUGAGUGAGGAUUUGAAUCCAGGCCUCUCCAGUCCUAGGUCCAAUACUGUAAGCCAAGACUGGCCCCAAAUACCUGAAAGACCAACUCCCAAUACAGACCCCCCUAAGGUGCUAAGAUCGAUAGAGGGGUCUCCCUUGGUUGUCCCACCACUCUCAGAAACUCGGGGUGGCAGCAGCAAGCCUGGGAGAGAGCCUUCUCUGUGGCAAUCCUCCCAAAAGAGGUGCGCCUGGCUUCUCCACUGCACAACCUUUCAGCAAAUGCUGAAGACACACCUCUUUAACCUGGCUUUAGAUAUUUAGGACCCACCUUAUUUCUGUGAUUGUAAAUUGUUUUGAACUCUUUUAAUAUGGUGUUUUAUUGGUUGUAACCUGCCCUGGGACCUUAGGGUGAAGAGCCGGUAAUAAUAAUAAUAAUAAUAAUAAUAAUAGACCCUCCACAUGCUCAAAACAAAAAAAAAUUAUUUCCAGUAGCACCUUAGAGACCAACCAAGUUUGUUAUUGGUAUGAGCUUUUGUGUGCAUGCACACUUCUUCAGAUACCUUCUUCAGAUGCAUGCACACAAAAGCUCAUACCAAUAACAAACUUAGUUGGUCUCUAAGGUGCUACUGGAAGGAAUUUGUUUGUUUGUUUGUUUCGACUAUGGCAGACCAACACAGCUACCUACCUGUAACUAGAGCUAUGGAAGCCUCCACAUGCUGUUGGACUCCCAUCAGCCCCAGCCAGCAUUAGGGACAGUGGGAGUUGUAGUCCAACAACAUUUGGAGGGCCACGGGAUUGUUGGCAUUUGAAGAGUGCUUGCCAUUUUCUGCCUCUUCCGUUUUGCCCUUGCAGCUACUCUCUUGCAGCCCAGACUUUGCUAACCACACUCAACUCUUCUCUCUCUUUUUAUAAACCCCCUACAGCUCAUUACACUCGGACGGACAUCUCUUCCCACCCACUGCACAAGGAAGGGAGUGUGCAAAACUCUCGCCCCCCUCUCUCCCAACCCUUGUACCAGUGCCAAAUGUGUCCCCCCACUGGUACAGAGGAUGGAAGGGAGGGUGGUGCAGAGACACAGUCCUUUUUGGAGUCUUCCCUCCCCAACUCUGAUGACAGCUCUAAGCCAGCAUCUUCCAGCACCAUCUUCCCUUCAACCAGCUCUGAAAGCCAGGCGGCCUCAUCGUCUCCCUGCGCUCACUCAUAACCACUGGCUCUGCUGA